AUGAAUACACCAGCUCCUCGACCUUUCGACGGUGUUCGCUCGCCUUUCCAAUUCCCAAAGUCGCAUUCCUUCCCCCCACUCUACACCCUCCAGCCUCAUCCCACAACUCGCCUAGCUCAAUACCAGAAAUGGUCUCGCACGAUCCAGCUCUACUGUCGUUACGAACGUCUCUUUCGCCUUGCCAUCCCCUCAUGCCUUGAUCUCCCGCUUUUCAAGAAUACAGAGAUCAGAAAGAGGCUGGCUGAGCGGGAUGUCAGAGAAGUCCUCAAUUGGAUUGCCUCGGAUGAAGGGGGAAUGAGGGGCGAAUGGUUGGGCAAAGAUGUCUUUUGGGUGUACUGGAAGCGGCCAGAGGAGUGGGGAGAAGACAUCUUGAGAUGGAUAGAUGCUGUGGGUCAGAAGGGCACCGUGCUUACGUUCUACGAAAUGUUACAUGGAGAGGGAACAGUCGAACAAGGCAUGCUGAAUUUCCACGACAUGGACCCCGAAUUAUUCGCGAAGGCCAUGCAGUUCCUGAUAAAAAAGGGAAAGGCUCAAGUCUUCGGCGACGAGGAUUCGAGGGGUAUCAAGUUCUUCUGA